CUGUAUGGUUGUUAUUUCUAUGGGCCCUCUUUCCUGUUAUAACAGCACCUCUGCACGUGACUUCACAGUUCCACAGCUGUUCGCACUUGGCUAAACGGGUGGGUUGGUCGAACGGCUGCGAUUGGCUGGAUGUCUGUUCAUCAAAUCUUACUCUACCAACAGGAUUCCAUCGAUGACUGCUUUAGUGAGAAUAAGAAGAUCGUAUAGUAUAGUAUGUCAGAAGGGCGCCGCUCGCUGCCGUCAUGGAUGGCGAAAAAGGAGGGGACAGUGACGGGGAAGGGGCCGCUUAAGAGCAAGAGAAAACAGAAAACUGCGAGGGCUGUUUUCUACUGCAUGAACGAGAAAGAGGUGGUACAAGCAGCUGUCUCAUACCUCACCAACGCUGCUCCCAGCAGGGACGUGGCUCGUCCGAUUAUCCAAGAGACCUGCUCACAGAAUGAGGACAAGGCAAUACACACCACCAGGAUGACUAAGGAAAACCCUACCCCUGCAAAAAAGGUGUCAGGGGCUUUACAGGACGAGCCCUCAGACUGCAGUGAAAUCCAGGACAGUACAUAUGUUUCAGAAACAGACACGGACAUUACAGAGAUGGAAACUGUGCCAUAUACCAGGAGCCUACAGCAUCAGGAACUUGAGGGACAAAGGUCAGGACCAGGUGGUCAGACAAAGACUGAAGAAGAGCAUGCACAGAUGCCAUCAGAUGCAGCUGAGGAGGAUGAUGCUUUACGUGUUGUGCGAGAAAUAUUUUUCACCUAACGAUGAACUGAGAUGAAUGUCAGAAAUAUGUGCACUCAAUUUCCAUGGAACAUUAUCUCUUAAAAGGGAAUUUUCAUCCAAGUUUCGAGUUCCUCUGAAAAUAUCAGUAGCUGUAAUGAUCCUGCACAAAUCCUCCACAAAGCUAAAAAUUGGAGAACUGAAACUAAUUGAUUUUCAUUGUUAUGAAAAGAUAUCAGUAAGCAUCUUUCUCAUACUGAUGGUGAACUAACUGUGGUAAUGUUAGUUUCAGUGGUUAGGUAGUUGCAGCUUUCAGAAAAAACCCUUGGGCCUAUACAACCUAUGAGAAAAUCCCUGAACAUUUCACACUAACUUCCCUCUGGCACACUAAGGUUUUUCUGUAAAGACACAUUUUUUGUUCCAGUGACACUGCUCAAGGUUUUCUCUCGUUUAUGCCACAGAUUAAAGCUUUACAUUAAUUCUGAACUUGAUGAUUAUACAGACCUCUAGUUAAUUUGAAGUUACAGUUUGUUCCUCUUAUACAAAUAAAUGAUGAAGUAGCAGUUUUUGUAAACUGAUUUGCAUUGUGAUUUUUUUCAUUGACAAGCAGUCAAGAUAGCAUGUCAGCACUAACUCUAAUCCUUGACUACCUUUGUACACCCUUUUUAAUCUUUAAAAUGUCUCUCCACACCAGAGGAAGUAGGCCAUGUUAUUUAGGAUUUUUCCUUCACAGUAAGAUUUAUUUAUGCAGUUAGCGUUCACUUUUACAAACCUGUUUGCCUACAAACCAUGAGCUUUGUUACAGCAGGCACAGACAAGUACAGCUGAUUAAACAAAAUAAAGAAAAGCUGAAAAUGGGUCGACCUUUAAA